AUGUCCGACCCUCAGCAAGCAUACCACCAACUUGCGAACACCUUCACUACGAGAAACAACACAGUCCUCGAAAUCGAGAUCCUGCCCACGAGCCUAGGGUCCCCGUUCCUACAGGAUGGCAGCUUCGUCGGAAUCACCAAGAAGGCCCUGGUGCAAGCAUACACAGUCGCGCGCCGGCACUUCGACAAGCUGAAGCACAUGUCCGAUUCGGAACUCCAAGAUACGCUUUCUCGUGGCGACGAGUCUGUUGGUAAUCCGUCGCUCUCGGCCGUUACGGAGGUCAUGCUCCUCUUUGACUGCGAACAUCUGACUGCCUCUAACUGGCGCAAACGCCGGCUGCUGCAGGCUAUCGUCGCUCAAAGACUGGAUGCAUCUGACAGGGUGCGAGCGUUGGAGAUGGAACUCACGCUUCUAACGAGUUAUCAAUGCUCGCCGCUGCACCGGCACACAAAGUCUCCGACGCUGUGGCAUCAUCGGCUAUGGACGCUGAGACAGCUGCUCAAAUCCUGGCAGGACAAUGGCAAUGGCGAUGCCGAGGAUAUGAUGGAGCUUCAGGGUAGGGAAUUAAGGACUGUCCUCCGUGCCGCGGAGCUGCACCCGAGGAAUUACUACGCCUUCAGCUACAUGCGUCAGCUCUACGCUCUUCUAUCGGCUACCCGGGAAGAUGAAUUUGCUCGCAACAUGCUAAACCCAGUCCUCGACUGGUGUCUGGCGCACCCGCGCGAUAUCUCCGGGUGGGCUUUUGUGGUUUAUGUUCUCGAGCAUAUCUCCGGGCGAUCUGUCACUGCUGAUGCGCUCGCGCGAGUGCUGCAGUUUGCGCGAGAUGUCGGCUGGGAGGGCGAGAGUUUGUGGACGUUUGCCGAUCGGAUGGUCUGUCAAUUUGACUUGGAGGAUGUAUUCGAGAGUAAUUUCCCUUGCACAAGCGAUACGGCUGCGAAUGUCGCUCGUGCGGUCUCUAAACCAUCCGAGCGACGCUGGACAAUCCGGCUGGGCCGAGCCAAGACAUACUGGAGUACAAAUAGAAAAAUUACGCCAACCUAUUAA